UCCCCCAGCCACUCUAUCUCCUCUCCCACUCCCAAACCGCUGGCCUUGGAGUAGACGACUGCUCAGAUAUUUGCAAAGCUUUUCCAGCCUCUCCCUACACCGUGCCAGCCCCAGAGCCCCAGCUGCCCCACGUGGCCUGAAGUGACCAGGGCUAAGUGUCUGGGACCAACCUGCCUUCUGACGGAGAGCAACUACAAGACUUGCUGGACCCUUCACUGAACCACGCCGCACAAGAUGACAGCAAGAGACGGGCCCCAAGACAGGUAUAAAGCUGUCUGGCUGAUCUUCUUCAUCCUUGGGCUGGGAACACUGCUGCCAUGGAAUUUCUUCAUGACCGCCAGGGAGUAUUUCAUCAACCGCCUGGCAGACACGGAGAACAUGAACCACCUCUGGAACGAGACCAGCAGAGCUGCCUCACCCCCCUCCUACCUGCAGUCCAUGUUUGACAACUUCAUGACUCUCUGCGCCAUGGUGCCGCUCCUCAUCUUCACCUGCCUCAACUCCUUCAUCCACCAGCGGAUUCCCCAGCAGAUCCGCAUCUCAGGCAGCCUGGUGGCCAUCGGGCUGGUAUUCCUAAUCACUGCAGUCAUGGUGAAAGUCAGCAUGAAGCCUCUUCCCUUCUUCAUCUUCACCAUGAUCAGUAUUGUCUUCAUCAACUCCUUCGGUGCCAUCCUGCAGAGCAGCCUCUUCGGACUGGCAGGGCUUCUACCUGCCAGCUACACAGCUCCCAUCAUGAGCGGGCAGGGCUUGGCAGGCACCUUUGCUGCUCUGGCGAUGAUCUUCAGUAUUGCCAUUGGUGCUCAGCAGGCAGAGAGCUUCAUUGGUUACUUCACCACAGCAUGCGUGGCAAUCGUGCUGGCAAUCUUCUCCUACAUCCUCCUGCCUCGCAUGGAUUUCUUCCGCUACUACUCCAUGAAGGAUAAGACAGAGUACCACGUGUACCAUGCAGAGCUGGAGACCAAGAGAGACCUGAUCAAGAAAGAUGAGCCCAAUGGGAUGGAGAAGAAUAACUCAAAGAUCAUCCCUAUCCACAACCCUGAUGAGAAGCCCUCAGUCCUCUCCAUUUUUAAGAAGCUCUGGGUCAUGGCUGUGUCCGUCUGCUUUGUCUUCACUGUCACCAUCGGGGUCUUUCCUUCCAUCACAGCUAAGGUGUCGACUGUACUUGGAGAGGGAAACAAAUGGGGUCUCUACUUCAUCCCUGUCUCCUGCUUCCUGAUGUUUAAUGUCUUUGACUGGACAGGACGGAGUCUCACAGCCUUCUUCACAUGGCCUGGGAAGGACAGCUGUCUCCUGCCAGCGAUGGUGGCCCUACGUGUCAUCUUUAUACCGCUUUUCAUGCUGUGCAACGUGCAGCCCCGCAACUACCUGCCUGUCGUCUUCUCUCAUGAUGCCUGGUACAUCGUCUUCAUGAUCUUCUUCUCCAUCUCCAACGGCUACUUGGCCAGCCUUUGCAUGUGCUUCGGGCCCAAGAAAGUGCUUGCCCAUGAAGCAGAAACAGCUGGAUCAGUCAUGGCCUUUUUCCUCUCGCUGGGCUUGGCCCUAGGAGCUGCUGUCUCCUUCCUAUUCCGAAUUCUCAUCUAGCAGAGGUACCUGGAGGCUGCACAGACACGGAGAGACAGCUCUGCAUCCUCCUCUGAGGCCCUGGACACCUCAACGCCAUGGGGAGAAAACACCACAUCUGCCCCUGCCGAAUUACACUGCCAAAGCAGAUAUUACAGCCAGGGACAGUUCCACUCCAGGGCUGGCCUGGCUCCUGCCAUGCUCAGCUGUGUGAUGCCUUCAGGCCCUCGUGCCUUUGCCAUGCUGCAAGACCCCUGGGAUCUCACAGAGGUCCAGCCAUCCCCUCGUGCUGCGUAACUUCCCCAGCUCAAGACCUAAAGCCAUUCUCAGCUACCUCCUCUCUGACAGGCAGAAGUGAGGGCUGGUGUCCAGUGUUGUUUCCUCUCCCGCCCGCGUUCCCAAGGCACCUGGGGACUGGAUCUCCUUUUGUCUCCCAGGGGGCCUGGAAACAUCUCACAUCUCAACUUCUCCCCUACUGGGGAGACUUGAAAAUAGGAAGGAGAGCCCCAGCCAGCCUUGCUCUCCUCAUCCCCACUGUCUGCUACAAGCACAUCCUCCUGCACAGUAGUAUCCGAGAGACAUGGAUAUCCAUGUCCUACACGAAGAGCUGCCAUCCAACACCAUGGCUAGACUGAGGGAGGAAGAGGUCUCCACACCCUGCCUUUUCCUGCUCUCUUUGCCUUCGUUCCCUGCCUGCUUAUUUCCCAGCCCCCUCAAAAACUGGUUAAUGAUUCUGCCACUGUUUCCUGUCUCCUAUUCAUGUGACAGGAGAUGGCACCAUGAAGUGCGAGAGGAAAGCAGGCGGCUCCCUUCCCACCCAGGCUGCCCUGCUUCCCCCCCUGCUGCAGGGGGAGCCUGACCUCCCCCAUUGUCUCUUCCCUGCCUUGUAAAUGUAUCUGUACAGUUGCCUUUUUCUAUAAAAAGACCAAAAUGCCCUGU